GUCACCUCAAAUAUUUAUCGACGCGACGGGAAUAUAAAGUCUACUGUGAUUGAAACAGUUUCUCGCUAACUCUACUCCACCAUGGAAGAUAAACGUAUGACAGGUCCUAAGUACCUAAUCCACGUCAUCACCUUCAUCUUUCUGCUGGGCAUCGACCUAGCCGAUUUCAUCUGUGAUUGGCUGUUCUUCACCGACGUCAGCUCCGCCGAGAAAGGACUUGUGUAUGGGGUCCCUGACAAAAUAAUCGUUCGCGCCAUCCUCGCUUUCUGCAUCGUCGGGAGUGUGACGUUCAUCUUGGAGAUCGUUAACCUGUGGAAGGAGUUUUUUCACCAGAAGACCCGCAUCGACUCAGACGUUCUCUCGGCGAUUGUAAUCUGGAUAGAAGACGUUCCUCAGAUUGCUCUGAGUUUGGCUCUUGCCGUCUGCCGAGAAGAACCCAUCAGCGUUUUCCAACUCGGGAAGGCGGUUGUUGUCACUCUUGGAAUUUUGAUCCGGAUUUUCGUACUCGUCGUGAAGUUCUGUAAUAAACGGCUGUCGAAAAACCAUUUGAAGAUUAAGUUUGUUAUUGCGGCGGGAAGUCUUGUGGAGCUGUCAUGCGCAGUGGCGAUUUUCAUUUUGAUUCACACCGAGAAGGGGAAUAAAGGGGACGUGACUUUUCGAGUACCGACGACGAUUUUAGAAAAUCAGUUUAAAGACGCAAGUUAUUUCAACAACGUCAGCGUUUUCAUCAACCAUCCAGUGUACUUUGAUAACGUUAAUCCGAACGUCAGCAAAGUGGAUAAUGUUGUCAAUUGGUUACAACUGACCAGCAUCAACCAGCUACGAGCUAGACCAAACAUGGAAGUGUCGUUUAAGUUGGAGUAUACACAAGUUGAUAACGGAGCUUUACGACUGGCAAUAUGGAGAAAGAAUUUGCAUGAAACAGAUUUAAAAAACAAAUGGAUGCUUUCUUCGUGUUUUGAUAUGGAUAAGAAAUCCCCCGUUAUUCAACAGAAGAUGAACACAUCCUGUUCCAACACGUCUAGUAUGGAUGCGCUGUUUCUCACAUUUAAAUACGACCCGCCGGGGUAUUUUUUCAAAAGAAAAAUCUACGGUAAUAUUUUCUUCAACGCCAGGUACAUGAGCAACGGGACCUGCGAGGACGUGGGGGAAUACUCAGACGAGGUUCGAAACCAGCCCGCACCGCCGGUUAAUUUAACUAUGCAUUAUUUUCGCACGAAUGAAACACUCCCGCGGUAUGAUGAUCACGUGAUGCGUGUGGAGGGCGUGGCCAGGUUUUACAGGAACGUGGACGAGGAGAUGAUUGACGUGACCAGGGUAUGGAGAACCGGCUGGUUUGAAUGCGAGGCCGCUGGUUAUGUCGGGCCGACGCUGGACAGUGAGCUAAAGGUGGACUGCUCUUAACUACUGUGUGGGACCUCACAGUGAGCUAAAGGUGGACUGCUCUUAACUACUGUGUGGGGCCGACGCUGGACAGUGAGCUAAAGGUGGACUGCUCUUAACUACUGUGUGGGGCCUGACAGUGAGCUAAAGGUGGACUGCUCUUAACUACUGUGUGGGGACUGACAGUGAGCUAAAGGUGGACUGCUCUUAACUACUGUGUGGGCCUCACAGUGAGCUAAAGGUGGACUGCGAGCUAAAGGUGGACUGCUCUUAACUACUGUGUGGGGCCGACGCUGGACAGUGAGCUAAAGGUGGACUGCUCUUAACUACUGUGUGGGGCCUGACAGUGAGCUAAAGGUGGACUGCUCUUAACUACUGUGUGGGCCUCACAGUGAGCUAAAGGUGGACUGCUCUUAACUACUGUGUGGGCCUCACAGUGAGCUAAAGGUGGACUGCGAGCUAAAGGUGGACUGCUCUUAACUACUGUGUGGGGCCUGACAGUGAGCUAAAGGUGGACUGCUCUUAACUACUGUGUGGGCCUCACAGUGAGCUAAAGGUGGACUGCUCUUAACUACUGUGUGGG